AUGAAAAGUCCAAAAAGCUCUCCGACGAGAAUAAUAAAACGAAACGAAAUAUUGCAACAAUGUCUGCAUCUCGAGAUAAAAAAAACUACUUAUACACUUCCACCUGUUCCACUACCAUUUCCUCCGCAAUUCAACACAACCGCUUUCGUAACAAAAUUGUCACGCAAGAAACUGGCUCGUUUCCCAAACGCAUUUAUUAUGUAUCGUAGCGAAUAUGUGCGCCACUUGAAGAAUAAUAACUAUCAUUUGUCAAUGACUGACUUGUCGUCCAUGAUUUCAUAUUCAUGGAGGAAGGAACCAGAAUACGUCAAAAAGGCAUACAGGGAUAUUUCUUCAGACGCUGAAAGACUAUAUGCGCAGACAACUUGUUUUCGAGUCAAUGAUGCGACAACUGCAGUCUCUAUCAAAAAAACAAAGCCGACUUUUAUUGCUACAAUAUCGAUGCAAGUACAAAAACCAACAACCAACAACUUUAUAAUUUCGAAAAAUCCUGUAUACGCUCCACGUACGCAACCUAUGACUUUACAAGCUUCCGAGUCCGCGUUACCUCCACCUCAAUCUUUUGUUCAAAAUAAUUAUUUCGAACCGAUAAAUUCAGUAUGUUUGCCAUUUGACAUACUGGAAAACAGAAUGGGAACAACUUUCGACAAUAGAAUGGUAAAUUGUUGCCGUUGUCUGGAAUGUGCGUGGAAACAACAACACGGUGGUAAUAUGACUGCCUCUGCUCCUCAAAAGACUGACGCAGUUGUACCUCAGUAUUCUUCUUCCAUCACUACCACCUCUCAUUUUGUUUUAAUUCAACCGUCUACCUUAUUCACUCACCAAACUACGUCUCAAUUUAGUCUUCCUUCUCCUCCAAUCUUUAAUCAUUAUGGUUCAACUUCAGGCCUAUCGUUAUCUUUGUCCACAACAACAUUUUCUAGCUCAAAAAAUGAAGGGAAGAUGCCUAUUUCGCGAAAAUAUAACCUAAAUCAUGGACUGGCUGACGGCCUGUUGUGA